UCCUUGCUCUUAAUACAAAAUAGUUUUGAAUCUUAAUCGAAAACGAAACCCCUUUCCCUUUCCCGGGAAAAUUUUCACACUGGAACAAACAACUAUCAGAAAGCAAAGAACAACAAAUUGAAGAAACCCCGUGAUUUCAUUCACUCAUUUGCAAUGAACUCAAACUCAAAGCCGAAACCAAAGCAACCCUCGCCGAUUAGGGUUUUCGGGCAACGAUCCGUUGCUUCAACCUUCCACUCAAUCAACGCUCGCGAUUCUGAACCAGCUGUCAGAAAUCAAGCUUCACGCAAGAACGAUUCCGCGCGUGCUUCGCUCUCGCACUUCCUCGAUCGCAAGCUCCCAAAAUCUCCCCUACCUCCUCAAACUGUUCCGAGGAAAUCGACGCCCUUUGCAUCGCCUUUGGGUUUAAGAAUACCUUUGGGUGAGCAUUCUGGGAAUGUCAAGCAACAUGAAGGAGAGAGAAAUGGUGCCGGUGACGACGAUAAGGUCAUUUUUGAAAGGUUCAAACAUACUGGAGAAGAAGAAGAGAAGGAAGGGGGAGGAGAAGACUUGGUUAGUCCAUUUGGUGUUGAUGAGAUGGAAAAUCCAGUGGUAGAUGAUAUUCAAGAAUUGAGGAAAAGGAAAAACCCUUUUGAAGGUGGAAAUGAAAACCAAAAUGCCCAAAAGCAUGUGGUAGUUCUUGGGGGUGAAUCAAAGUUGAAGCCAAAAGGACAGAUGGGAAAAGAUUCUAGCAACAAGAAGCCAAGACCUCUCUAUAAUCACUAUGCAAAUGGUCGCGGCUGGUGGGACCACGAUAUGGAAGGUGUUGAUAAUGAGGCAUUAGGCUUCACUGAAGUAUGGGAGGGGGUGGGAUCUACCACACUUGGAGGUAUAGUGGAUUGGCAUUGAUUGACAUUUUAUAUGUUGUAUGUGUAUGAUUAUGAAAAGAAGUUUGUUUUUAAUGUAGCUUAGCUUAGCUUUGAGAUGAACACAAUCCUAAACUCAUUUUAUUCUAAUUAGUUUACUCCCAAUCAUAGCGUGAGGACUAAAACCAGGCCUGAGGGAUGGUAAGGCGUGUAUUGUGUAUAUGAUAAGAUGUUCCUAAACUCAUUGUAUGAUAAGACGUAUACAUUUCACAUAAGACUUCACUAGA